UGACAGAUUAGGAAGAAAGAGAGAGAACGAGAGAACAUGGAAAACACUUUUCCGAGUUUUGUGUGCACAUUGUUCAUUGUAGUAUCGUAAACUGUCUACAAUAUACGCGAAACACGGAAAAUCGCGCGUUCUUUUCUCUCAUAACAUUAUUGAACUAUCAUUAUCGUCGGUUAUUCUUGUCUUGCUUACAAUUAGUAACAGAGGAACAUGGCUAUGGCUUUUUCGGAUCUGAGCAACAUUACUCCUAAUGUCGCGACAAAUGUUGAAGAAACAACGGAGAAUAUCAAAGAAUUGGCAGAAUCGAAAAAAGAAGCUGCUAAUCAAUAUUAUUCUCAAAAACAGUAUAAAAAGGCAUUGAGUGGUUACAGUGAAGUUAUUGAAAUGUGUCCUAAUGUAUCGCGCUACUAUAGCAAUAGAGCGGCAUGUUACAUGAUGCUGGGACAAUAUCGAAAUGCAUUAGCAGAUACUAAAAAAUGUAUCGAACUGGAGCCACAAUUUUCCAAGGCAUACAUAAGAAUGAUCAAGUGUUACUUGAUCUUCGGUGACAUUGUAGAAGCUGAAACCACAAUAAAAAAGCUUUUAGAGUUCGAUCCCAAUAAUGAAUCGAUAGCUGCAGAGCAAAGGGACUUAGCAUAUGUACAAAAGUUUCUUACAGAUGCUGAUGCUUCAUAUAAUGCUAAGGAUUAUCGCAAAGUUGUAUAUUGUAUGGAUCGUUGUUGCGAUAUAAGCACAUCUGGCACAUGUUUUAAGCUGACUAAAGCAGAGUGUCUAGCCCUUUUAGGAAGAUAUCAAGAAGCUCAAGAUAUUGCAAAUGAUAUUUUACACAUUGAUAAACAAAAUGCUGACGCGAUAUAUAUCCGUGGAAUGAGCUUGUAUUUCCAAGAUGAUGUUGAUAGAGCCUUUACACAUUUUCAACAAGUAUUACGACUUGCACCAGAUCAUGCCAAAGCACUAGAAAUAUACAAGAGAGCAAAAAGUCUAAAGAAGAAAAAAGAAGAAGGUAAUGCAGCAUUUAAAAAGGAGCAAUAUCAAGAAGCAUAUAAUCUUUAUAACGAAGCAUUAACUAUUGAUCCACAUAACAUUAUGACUAAUGCUAAAUUACAUUUCAAUAAAGCAACAGUAGCAGCUAAGUUAGGAAAAUUGAGCGAGUCCGUAACAGAAUGUACUGAAGCUCUGAAACUUAAUGAAAAUUACUUGAAAGCUCUUCAAAGAGGAACUAUCUACAUGGAACUUGAACAACAUGAAGAAGCUGUUCGAGAUUUCGAAAAAGCAUGUAAAAUGGAUAAGAAUAAUCGUGAAAAUAAACGAUUACUCGCAAAAGCGAAAUUACUGCUAAGAAAAUCCAAGAGGAAAGAUUAUUACAAAAUUUUGGGUAUUGACAAAAAUGCAUCAACUGAGGAUAUCAAAAAGGCGUAUAGGAAACGAGCUCUGGAUCACCAUCCAGAUCGUCACGCUAAUGCAAGUGAAGGAGAAAAGAGAGAACAAGAAAAAAAAUUUAAGGAAGUUGGAGAAGCUUAUGGAAUUCUGUCAGAUCAAAAACGCUCUCGUUACGAUCGUGGUCAUGACCUAGAUGAUAAUGAAGGUGGUUUGCAAGAUAUGGAUCCCAAUGCAAUGUUCCAUUUCUUCUGUCAAGAGGGAGGGGGUUUUCAAUUUCAGUUUCAGGAUGGCUUUCCCGGUGCUUUCCAAUUUCAAUUUCCAGGUUAAUAAUAUUCUUCAAAAGUAUAAUAUAUAUAUUACAUAUAUAUAUUACAUCACAGUGUAGCUGUGUAUAUGAUAUUCUAGAAUCUUAAUAAAUACUGCAUCGAAUUUUUCAAAUACUUAAGCCGACGAUGCAAUGUAGUGUAAUUACUUGCGUUUCGUAAUUUUGAAACAGGUAUUCAUUUGUGCAGUUAUGCAUAUUUAUUUAAAAUACUACUUGUAAAUAUCACAUUUACUAUUCUAUUCUAUUUUAAUAAAUAGAUCUUCAAUUAACGGAUAAUUAAUUAAGAAUGUUAAAAUUAAUGUCAAAGUGCAAGCAGUUUUGAAACCAGCGAUUUUGAGGUCUGAAACAUGCUCGUACCUGACGAAAAUUUUUUGAAUGAAUAAGAAAAGCAAAUACUAACUUUUUAAUUGAAAACUUCAAUUGAAAACGUUUUCAAAAAGUAUUUGACUUCUUGAUUGAAAUCUUAGACAACCGUUUAUUGUCAUCGUGUUUAGCAUAUUAUAUUAAUAUAUCGAAAAAGAUGACAAUUUUAUUUGAUUGAAAACACAUUAGUAAUUAGCGCCCUCUUUCCUAAAAAUUGUUCAAUUGCUCAUUUUCGCGCCUCAUGUCUUUCGCCCGAAGUGUUUUAUUCACUUCAUCCUCGAUCUAAUUGAUGUGUAAUCAUUGAGACUGAAUGCUUUCUCUUUUUAUUCUAGAUUUUCUCGCUUUAAUCUUUACUCUUAUUUAUAAUCUAUUAAUUAUAAAUGGAAAUAUAUAGUUUGUAGGAAAUAAAGCUAUUCUCUUCUCUCUGGAAUAGAAAGAUGCGUGCAGAUAUAUUAAUAAAAUAUGGUUUUUCUUUAAA